AUGAUGAAGACGAUAGUACUGGAACAACUUCAGAAACUUACAUUGGAUUGGGAGGUAUUGGAAAAGCAUCAGAUUGCUGUUGGUGCAUCACCACAUGCACGUGUGUUGAAGCUAUGUAUAAGAUUGCUCAUAUGGAUCAAGAGUUUCCCUUGCUUUUGCCACAAGAUAUAGUCAAUUGUUACCUUAUACAUUUUGAUAUCACUCCUAAGUUCGACAAAGUUCGGUGUUACUUAUGGUCCAUUGUCAAGGCUUUUAAAUAUAUCAUAACAAGGGGUGUGCUAUAUGAAAAGGACUGUCCCUUUGUUAAGAAAAGAGGAGAAUGCAUCGACCGCAAUGAGAACACAAAAACUUUCAAGAUAAAAUGUUUUCAGAAAAUUAAGGAUGGAGAUGAAGCAACGCUCCUCUCCUGUGUGAGCAAGCACCCGGUUGGUGCUGCAAUCGUGAUUACAAAAGACUUCUUAAAUUUAAAGAAGAUGACUGAGGACAUGGAAAGGAGCAAAGAUACAAUAGCAGAGAUGGUUCAAGAACGUUAAAUAAUGUUUAUAUAAAUGAAUUAAAGAUCUCUCCCCUGUAUGAUAUAGUCCAUUAUCUACAUGCUACUUGCUAUAUUUCUUGGACUUGCGAAAUGCUUAACUGUUUUUUCGCUAUAUCUUUGAGGAUGAAUCCCUUGAUAACUUGGAUCUUGUAUAAUAUAGUUUAUUAGCUGACAUGUUAAGCUUUGAUGUGGAAUGUAGGUUGUGUUAGAUCAAUGCAUUCAUAUAGCUUUUAAUGAUAAAUAACUUCUAACUGGGGACUUUUUUAAUGAUGUUUGGAAGUUAUUAUUCUAGUCCUUA